GGCGCUAGCCGGCCGCAGGCUCGCGCGCCUCUCCCACCCCCCCCCAUAUAUAUAGGGCGCGCUCCCGCGCGCGCCCCCUCAGUCCCCUCCGCGCCCCCGCGCUGUGAGGAGCUGUCGCGACCGCGCUUCGCUCGCCGCCAUGGGGAGAAAGUCGAGCAAAGCCAAGGAAAAGAAGCAAAAGCGCCUGGAGGAGCGAGCGGCCAUGGACGCCGUCUGCGCCAAGGUGGAAGCCGCCAACAAACUUGAAGAUCCCCUCGAAGCUUUUCCAGUAUUCAAGAAAUACGACCGGAACGGUUUGAACGUCGCCAUCGAGUGCAAACGCGUUUCCGGGCUGGAGCCCACCACCCUCGAGUGGGCCUUCGAGCUGACCAAGGCCAACAUGCAGACACUGUACGAACAGAGCGAGUGGGGCUGGAAAGAACGGGAAAAACGAGAAGAGCUACGGGACGACCGCGCCUGGUACCUGAUCGCCCGCGAACCCGGCGCCGGCCCCGUCGCCUUCUCCCACUUCCGCUUCGACGUCGAGUGUGGCGACGAGGUUCUUUACUGCUACGAGGUGCAGCUGGAGAGCCGGGUGCGACGGCGAGGGCUGGGCAAGUUCCUCCUACAGAUCCUCCAGCUGGUGGCCAACAGCACGCAGAUGAAGAAGGUGAUGCUGACCGUCUUUAAACACAACCACGGCGCCUACCAGUUUUUCCGAGAAGCCCUCCAUGCGCUGGCAACGUGCCGGGGCCGGGCGACGCGGGCAGGCGGGGCAGGGGCAGCCGAGAGAGAUUCGAGGUGGACGCCGCCUCCCCCAGCGUCUCCGGCUGCUGCGGGGACGAUUCCUCCUACGAGAUCCUCAGCCGACGCACCAAGUUUGGGGAGAGUCACCCCCACCCCCACCCCGGGGGGGGACACUGUGGGGGCUGCUGUCACUGAGCCCCUCCCCCGACGCUUUCUGGACACAAAUUUGAUGGUUUUACCCCAAAACCAACUCCUCGGCUCCGGAACGGAUACCCAGCCUGUUUGUACCUACCGACGCCGGCCACCGAAUGGGUGAUGGGACCCUUCCCGUCCCCCUCCUCGGGGGGGGGCUCAUUUGGGGGCUGGGGGGGGGGGGGAAGGGGCAGGGGGG